AUGAUAAAGAUCGCUGCGUGGAAUAUUAGGGGACUAAAUGCCCUAAUAAAGCAAAAGGAGGGAUGCCAAUUUACCUGGACGCAGAAACCCUGUGGGGGAAAUGGUAUUAUGCGUAAACUUGACCGUAUUUUGGGUAAUUCAGCUUUCAUUUCGAGAUUUGGGGAUGCAGCUGUUGUCUUUGAACCACGGGGAAUUUCCGAUCAUUCUCCGGGAAUCCUUUCUUUCAAAGUUGGUAGGCGUAUUCGACAGCGUGGUUUUAAAUUUGAUAAUAUAGUGACGUCUCAUGUGGAUUUUAUUAAAUCCGUGGAGGGGGUGUGGAAGAAACCUCAUCGAGGCUCUUAUAUGAAAAGAGUGCUCAGGAAAAUGCGAGAUUUAAAAGGAGUUUGUCGGCGGCUUCAUAAUUCUUUUGGUUGUUUGGAUAAACGGGUGGCUAGUUUAAAAACGGAGCUUGAAGUUGCUCAAUUGGCUUGCGAUCUAGACCCUUUUAAUGCUUUGCUGAAGGAGGACAUUGCUCACCUCCUGUUAGCAUAUCAAAAAGCUAGAAAUGAUCAAAUGGAAAUGAUUCGACAAAAAGCAAAGAUUUCUUGGCUAAAUGAAGGUGAUGGUAAUUCAAAGUUCUUCUUUCAUGCUAUGAGAGAAAAACGUCAUAGGAGUCAUAUUGCUACUAUUGUUGAUGCUGCUGGUACGAUUUUCGUUAAUCAAGAUGUGCCUAAAGCUUUUCUUACGCAUUUUGGACCUAUUACGGACAUGGAGAUUCAGACUGCGCUGUUUGAUAUUGGGAAUGAAAAGGCACCUGGUCCUGAUGGGUUUUCGUCAAAUAAAAUUAUUGCUGAUAUGAUGAAAGGUUCUUUGGAUUUUCUUAUUAGCAAGGCGCAAUUUGCUUUCAUUCCUGGUCGUCAGAUAACUGACAAUAUUCUAAUGGCUCAUGAGCUUUAUCUUCUGGGAAUGCUUAAGGGAAUGAGAUUUCAUCUAGUUAUGCUUAACUGGAUUAAAUCUCAAGUCACUUCGCCUACUUUCUCUAUCUGUAUUAAUGGACAACCGGAAGGUUUUUUUCAUGGAAAGCGAGGAUUAAGACAAGGGGACCCAUUGUCUCCUUAUUUGUUCACGGUGGUUAUGGAAGGAUUAUCGAUGAUUCUGACAAAAUGUAUUGAGGAGGAAGUCCAGUUUGCUUAUCAUCAAGGUUGCGCUGAGAUUAAAUUGACCCAUUUAUGUUUUGCGGAUGAUAUUUUUCUCUUUUCUAAAGGGGAAGCAAUUUCAGUUGAAGUGCUAAAACGUGCUCUCCAUUUGUUUGAAGAACGAUCGGGUUUGUCUCCAAGUCUUGCUAAAAGUGAAGUCUUCUUUGGGAAUGUAGGGAUGGAUGUUCAGAAUAUCAUUCGACACAGUCUUCCUUUUCGUCCGGGGGUUUUUCCUAUUCGCUACCUUGGAGUGCCUCUCUCUCCUGUUCGGUUAAAGGUGCGUGAUUUUAACCCUCUUGUGCUUAAACUUAAAUCUCGUUUGAUGAAUUGGAUAAAUAAAUUUCUUUCUUAUGGGGGAAGAAGACAGCUCAUCAUCUUUGUGCUUCAAUCUAUGCAAACCUAUUGGAUGUCGGUAUUUCUUGUGCCGACAACCACUAUUCAUGAGAUUGAGCAGCUAUUCCRUAAUUUCUUAUGGAAUAAAAUGGAGGGUGCUAUGGGUAAAUGUCGAGUAUCUUGGGAUAGGAUUUGUCUUCCUAUUCAACAUGGUGGUCUUGGUUUGAAAAGACUAGCACUCUGGAAUCGGUGUUUACUGUUUAAACAUAUUUGGGAUAUUCUUUCUCAUAGGAAUACUAUGUGGGUAUCCUGGAUCCAGUCUCAUUGUAUUCGAGGCAGGAAUUUUUGGAUUAUAAAGAAAAGGAAUGAAUGGUCGUGGCUUAUUCGAAACCUUUUGGAGUUGAGACCUCAAUGCAGAAGGUUUUUUAUCUAUAAUGUGGGUAAUGGUAUAUCCACUCAUGCUUGGGAAGAUAMGUGGAGUGAGUCGGGUCCCCUUAUCCAUUUGCUCACUUAUAGAUUCAUUAAUGGUCAUGGGUUUCACAAUAAUUCUACAGUGUAUGAUCUAAUGCAACGGUUUGGUACUACUUGGCCAGAGGAUUGGAUUCAGCUGUAUCCCCAAUUGCAAAGUGUUAUGAUCCCACUCCCUACUCAAAUUGAGGAUACGGUCCAAUGGCUUGAUGCUAACCAUCAACGGAAAGCAUUUGAAGUCAAAGUGGCUUGGCAUACAUUACAAGAAGCAAGGCUGAAGGUGCAUUGGUAUAAGGUGGUAUGGAAUAAAGCCUACAUUCCAAAACAUGCUCUGUGUAUGUGGAUGGCUUGUCAAAACAGAUUACCAACUCAAGAUCGCAUUAGUCAAUGGAAACAUGAACCUCCGGACUUGAAAUGUGUUUUCUGUAAUCUUGUGCUUGAAACGCAUAAUCAUUUAUUUUUUGAAUGCACCUACUCGAAUAGUAUAUGGGAGGUCAUUCAGAAGGAAGUUGGGAUAACAAAUUGUCCGAACAAAUGGGAGGACAUUCUUCACAGGGGUUUAUCUCAAGGGUGGAAGUCAUGGUCCACGGUUCAAAAGAUUGGUAUAUCUGCUAUGGUAUACCACAUAUGGCGGGUGUAA